AUGGACAGGGGUAACCCUAUUCAAGUUGAGAAGGAUAGAAUCAGUGAACUUCCGGUAGAUAUGCUCGACAACAUUAUGGGAUUCUUGCCUAUUGCGGAAGCAGCUAGAAUUGCUGUUUUGUCUCGCAUUUGGAGAGAUACUUGGUUCAAUCUUACACGCCUCAACUUUGAUUGUCACUUCUUUGAUUACAUGAUUAAAAAAUAUUCCAAUGAUUGUGCAACGGCAAGUUUCCAUAUAAUCUACAAAGUUCUUUUGCAGAACAAUGGAUCAAUCCUCAAAUUUGUCGUUUGUUUACCGGCUCAUCAUAGCUUACGGUAUUCAAGUACUAUUAGGUCACGGUUGUUUGACUUUGAACAGUGGAUGCUUCGUGUCAUGGGAAAGGGUGUUGAAGAAAUCCACCUUAGGUUUAACCCAAAUCUUUAUGAUUUUAGACUACCAAAUUGCAUAUUUUCUUGUCGAACACUCAAAAGUUUGUAUCUCUAUGGAGUCUCGUUUAAACCAAUACAUGCCCAUUCCAUACUACCAAAUGUCACUUCACUGUGUUGUGAACGAGUCAACUUUUGUGAUCUUAUACCUCAUGUUGCUAAUGUUCCCAUGCUGGAGAAUUUAUCAUUCAUCCAAUGUAAAUCGUUUUCUGAAUUCAAUAUUACUGCUCCAAAACUUCGUUAUUUAACAAUCAAAAGACAGGAUACCUGGUCUUUGAUGCUUCCAAAUACCUUAGACAUCAGAUCUAUUUGUACUCUCGAUAUCGAUUGUGUUUCAAUUAAGGGAUUUGUUGAAGUUUAUAAUAUGAGAGAAGAGUCAACUGCACUAAAAGUGGAAUGCCUGAAGUUAUCUGAAUCAAGUGCUCCGGCGCGAGGUGGUACGAUCGACUGGUUGACAAGGCGAUGGGCGGAUAUCGCUCUUGAGGAGGAGGGCGAGGUUUUUGCGCCGGCCGGGGAUGAUGACGCCUGA